CAGCAUGCGACUCAAUCGCAGCGUCCAGGGCGACGCGAUUCGCGCAUCAUGAUGCUGCGCCAAGGUCGUCUUGGUCUCGACGUUCUUGGCUGCGGCCACGCGCCGCCAUGGUAUCGGCAACACCGGAGUGAUGGUCGAAGCUUGGUUACCGUCACUCUUCCCCGUCCCGUCGCUCGCCACUUCGAAAUGAGCCGCGGCUGGGCACUUGUCAUUCUCUCGCUGAUCCUCUCGGCCGCUGCCAUGUCCCCCAAGGUCGCGCCCGCGCUGGCCACGGCCUUUGAGACGACGGACCGCGUCAACAUCAUGGUCGAGCUUGACGGAUCGACCGAGUCGGUCGAGAACCGGUCGUCGUCGGGCGACAACACCAACUACAUGCACGACCUGCAGGCCUUCACUGCCGCCCGGCAGCAAGCCGUAAAGGACGUGCUCGCCGCUCACCCGACAGAGUUCUCGGGCGAGCCCAAGUUUUUCUGGAUCACAAACAAGGUCUCGGUACCACAAGCAUCCGCUGUCCUCGUCAUGGAGCUCGCCGACCUUUCUUCCGUCGUCGCGAUCACGGGCCAGCACAUUGUUCACAUCCAACCCAUUUCGAUCGAGCGCGAAGGCUUCUAAUGCUGAUCCAAUUUAUCUUGUUGCAAGCACCUCCUCCAUGCGGUGGUGAUUUUGAGAGGA